ACUGUUGGCAUACGAACUGAAACCCUAACCAGGAGAUAGGAAGACGUAGGAGAAGGCUUGAAAAUGGCGUUUAGAGGGAAGGAGAUGAUGAAGAAGCUUAUGAAGAAGGUGGGAGAGAAUAACCUGGCUCCAGGAGUGAAGGAACAGCUUAAGAAAUGCAUACCGGACAGCAAGAUCGUCAUGAACCGCGCCAAACGUGGCCUCUACGCCGGCCGACACAUCCAAUUUGGCAACCGAAUCAGUGAAGACGGUGGCAACAAAACAAGGAGGUGUUGGAAGCCAAAUGUCCAGGAGAAGAGACUCUUCAGUUACAUCUUAGAUCGACAUAUUCGAGUUAAAGUCACCACACAUGCCCUUCGCUGCAUUGACAAGGCAGGUGGAAUUGAUGAGUAUCUGUUGAAGACUCCCUACCAUAAGAUGGACACAGAAAUGGGCCUCUUCUGGAAAACGAAGAUUGAGAAGCUAUAUCAAGAACUUGGGAAGAUGGAGGUGGUGUUCUUUUCACCUGAGGAUGAAGCUAAGUUUGAACAAGGCUUUAAAGACCUGAAAUUAGCAGAUAGGGAGGCUUGUAGAGAUGCCAGAAGAAAAAUGAAUGGAUGGUCUGGUAAACUAGAGCAACUUGAGGAAGGUGCAGCAAACACACAACCGGUUGAUGAUGAUGGUGCUCCAAGAAAUGCGGAUGAUGACUCACAUAAUGAUGUUCACCAGCAGUUAGUUGCCAACUCUUGAGCCUUGAGGUUAUUACUCGUAGGGACGUCUGCAUUUUUGUUAGUCAUCAAGUUUUUCAGUUAGCCGUUGUUUGGCCUUUGCAACAAUUCUUAUCCCGGCAUUCUUAGGGCUGAGAUACACUGCACAUGUUUACUUUUAUAAGCUUUUAUUUACAUGAUAUAAUUUGUUUUUAUAAUAAAUUCACUGUCUCUUAUUCGCCCCUUAAGCCAGUUCAUUCAUUACGA